UAUUUACAUGAGAAUGGGGUGGUGCAUCGUGACCUGAAACCGGAAAACCUUCUCUACGCUGACCUCUCCUUGGACGCCCGGCUUAAGAUAGGUAACUACAUGCACCUGUAGACUAAGGCUACAGAACUGACACCUUCCCAGAUAAACAGACAAUUUCCUAGCUAAAUAUGUGUUGGCACUGAUGGGAGUGCCACCGUUUGCAGUUUGGUAAAAUAUGAAAAUGCCAAAUGUUUUAUUUAUUAAAUGAUUCUCAUAUUUAGAUGAGGAAAUAUAUUUAUUGGCAUUCACUCAUUACUGGCAGGAGUUCUCGCAGGAAUAUGGCCCUACAGGGGCUCGUCCGGGAUCUGGACUUUAAUAUAAUAAUAAAAACACAGUGUAUAUGCCAUUUAGCAGACACCUUUAUCCAAAGUGACUUCUGGUAGUGCAUGUAUACAUUUUUUGUAUGGUUGGCCACAACAGGAAUCGAACCCUAAAUCCUGUCGUUGCAAGCGUCAUGCUCUACCAACUGAGCCACACAGGACAGUACUGUGAUAUGGCAUGUGUUACUUUGUUUUCUUUUGUAACUCCUGCCAAUAAUUCACAAGUAGUGGUCUUGUAAAGAUCAACUAUUCCUCUGUAGCAUACAGUACAUUAAUGAUACAUAAUAAAAUAAGUUAAGGCCAAUGAGACAAAACCAUUAUGUGAUCUUCACAGCUGACUUUGGCCUCUCGAAGAUAAUAGAUGAGCAAGUGACCAUGAAGACAGUGUGUGGCACGCCUGGAUACUGCGGUGAGUUAUGGAUUGACAGUUAUCCUAAUGAGAAUACAAAUGUAGGAUCAGGCUCAUCCUGUCGUGUUGUUGUGUACUGUGUCGUGUGCUACAGAUGAGUCACACUACCACAGUGGUUAUUGUUCGGUGCUUACCAUUGAACCAUAUCAGAUAUCGACUGCCACUUCAAAUUGAAUGUAUUUUUAUUUUGUCACAUGCGCCGAAUACAACAGGUGAAAUGCUUACUCACGAGCCCUUAACCAACAAUGCAGAGUUUAAAAAAAAAAGAAAGGAAAAAUAGUAACACAAUAAAAGAACAAAAACGAGGCUAUAUACAAGUGGACCCGGUACCGAGUCAAUGUGCAGGGGUAAAGGUAGUUGAGGUAAUAUGUACAUGUAUGUAGGGGUAAAGUGACUAUGCAUAGAUAAUAAACAGAGUAGCAACAGUGUAUGUGAAGUGUGUGAAGGAAUGUGAAUGUGUGUGUGUGAGUAUGUGUGUUGGAGUGUCAGUGUAGUAUGUGUAAGUGUGUCGUUAGAGUCCAGUGAGUGUACAUUGAGCCUGUGCAAGAGAGUCGGUGCAAAAAAUAAUAAUAAAUAAAUUACAAAUAAAAUAAGGGGGUCAAUAGCAGAGAGAACAGUCUAUGACUUGGGUGGCUGGAGUCUUUGACAAUUUUUAGGGCUUUCCUCUGACACCGCCUGAUAUAGAGGUCCUGGAUGGCAGGAAGCUCGGCCCCAGUGAUGUUCUGGGCCGUACGCACUACCCCUCUGUAGCACCUUGCAGUCGGAUGCCGAGCAGUUGCCAUACCAAGCGGUGAUGCAACCAGUCAGGGUGCUCUCGAUGGUGCAGCUGUAUAACUUUUUGAGGAUCUGAGGUCCCGUGCCAAAUCUUUUCAGCCUCCUGAGGGGGAAUAGGCAUUGUCGGGCCCUCUCCACGACUGUGUUGGUGUGUUUGGACUCUCAACCCGCUCCACUACAGCCCAGUCGAUGUGAAUGGGGGCAUGCUCGGCCCUCCUUUUACUGUAGUCCACAAUCAUCUCCUUGGUCUUACUCAUGUUGAGGGAGAGGUUGUUGUCCUUGCACCACACUGUCAGGUCUCGGACCUCCUCCUUCAUCAUCGUUGGUGAUCAGGCCUAGCACCGUUGUGUCGUCGGCAAACUUAAUGAUGGUGUUGGAGUUGUGCGUGGCCACGCAGUCGUGGGUGAACAGGGAGUACAGGAGGGGACUAAGCACGCACCGCUGAGGGGCCCUCGUGUUGAGGGUCAGCGUGGUGGAUGUGUUGUUGCCUAUCCUCAACACCUGGGGGCGGCCCGUCAGGAAGUCCAGCAUCCAGUUGCAGAGGGAGGUGUUCAGUCCCAGGGUCCUUAGCUUAGUGAUGAGCUUGGAGGGCACUAUGGUGUUGAACGCAGAGCUGUAGUCAAUGAAUAGCAUUCUCAUGUAUGUGUUCCUUUUGUCCAGGUGGGAAAGGGCAGCGUGGAGUGCAAUAGAGAUUCCAUCAUUUACAUUUUAGUAAUUUAGCAGACGCUCUUAUCCAGAGCGACUUACAGUUAGUGAGUGCAUACAUUUUCAUACUGUGGAUAUGUUGGGGCAGUAUGUGAAUUGGAGUGGGUCCAGGGUUUCUGGGAUUAUGGUGUUGAUAUGAGCCAUGACUAGCCUUUCAAAGCAUUUCAUGGCUACAGAUGUAAGUGCUACGGAGUGGUAGUCAUUUAGGCAGGUUUAGGCAUACCUUUGUGGCACAAGUCGAUGGCACAGGGCUUCGGGCCAGAAGGUUGAGGGUUCACGCCACUCUCCCUGCCUGUUUCAUUACAAUAUUAUAUACAGUGCCUUCAGAAAGUAUUAACACCCCUUGACUUUUUCCACAUUUUGUUGUGUUACAAAGUGGGAUUAAAGUUGAUUUAAUUGUACAUUUUUGUCAACGGUCUACACUAAAUACUCUAUCAAAGUGGAAGAAAAUGUCUAACAUUUGUAAAAAUAAAAAAAAAUACUAAAACACUAAGAUACUCUAUCUUGAUUAAUAACCCCCUGAGUCAAUACAUGUUAGAAUCACCUUUGGCAGCGAUUACAGCUGUAAGUCUUUCUGGGUAAGUUUCUAAAGCCUUGUUCAAACUGCAGGCCUUGAUGCUCAAAUCAGAAGUGUACCUAUUGGUAGAUGGGAGAAAGAAAAUCCAGUUGUGCAAAGCUCUUAGAGACUUAACAAGAAAGACUCACAGCUGUAAUCGCUGCCAAAGGUGCUGCUACACUCAGGGGUGUGAAUACUUAUGUUUUUAGACAUUUUUGAAAAUGAAAUACAGAAAUAUCUAAUUUGCAUGUUUUCACUUUGUCAUUAUGGGGUAUUGUGUGUAGAUGGAUGUGUGAGACUUGAAAUUGAAAAACUAGAAAAAAAUGUCUUGAAUUCAGGCUGUAACACAACAAAAUGUGGAAGUCAAGGGGUAUGAAUACUUCCUGAAGGCACUGUAGAUAUAUUACAUACAUUGUGGGAUUGCUAUCAGUAAAAUAAAUCAUCCUCAACCACAACAAAACAAAUUGUUGGGCAGUACUAUAUAAUUGUUUUAUUUUAUUGACAGAUAUAGUGCAUGGUUUAAUGGAGAUUAUAGAGUACAGUUUUAACGGAAAUAACCUUUUUAAUACAUAGUGUUUUCGAGGGACUGAUAUGAGUCAAAAUAAAUCGUCCUGUGCCUGUGUGGGAGCUGACAGCUGGCCCUUCAUCUCUCCAUACCUCACUCUCUCCCUGCAGCUCCAGAGAUCCUCAGAGGCAAUGCCUAUGGCCCUGAAGUGGACAUGUGGUCUGUGGGAGUCAUCCUGUACAUCUUGUGAGUAAAAAAAAAACUUUAAAAUCUGUCCAAAGAUCUGCAUGUACUCAGAGUGGGUAGCUGGCAAUUUGAUGACAAAUUGAAGCCCUCUCAUUACAGUAUCGCAGCUAAUCACGCCCUUUCCUCUUUCCCCGUGUCAUAUGGAUUUCCUAUUUAGUACGCCGUUGCAAGUCUAUUAGAGGGGGGUCUUAUCUGAAAAGAUCCCAUAUCUGUCUUUAAAACAAGUAGUGAAAGUGGCAAAACAAAUAAACAGAGGGAAAUGUUGCCUUUCCCCUCAGGCUGUGUGGGUUCGAACCAUUCUUCGAUCCGAGGGGAGACCAGUAUAUGUAUAGCCGCAUCCUCAACUGCGACUAUGAGUUUGUCUCCCCCUGGUGGGAUGAGGUCUCCCUCAACGCUAAGGACUUGGUGAGUUCCACCAUCUAAGCACUUCAAACUGAGGCUUUUAUUAUGGAUAAAAAUGUACUUGUGUAUGAAGUUGUUCAAAUAAAUUGCUAAUAAACUUUAUUUCUUUCUUUGUUAAUGUUUGAAUUAUGUAAAUACUGUAUAUGUACAAGGUCUGUGUUAUUUUUAUUUGAUUGCAGUUCCUUAAUGCAUGUUUUACACAACUGGUUUGACAAAUACAAUAUAUUGGUUUGUAAAAUUAGAGGAGAAUGCAAUUUGUCUCGGAGUUCAUCAUGGCCAGAAGAAAACCCAUAUGGUAAAAAAUGCAUUACUGCUCAGCAUAUGUUGUGUUACAGCUAUUCUCGGGUAGGCAACUAGAUUCAGCCGAGGGACGAUUUCUGUCAGAGAGGAUGAUCGGGAGCCGGAACAUAAUUCUAAUAAUUUGUACACUGCAAAUUGACCACAACUAAGCCCAAAAAUAGAUUUUAUUUUUAAAUAACAAUCACUUCAUACCAAAUAAAAGUCACGCGAGUCGCCGACCCCUGCACUAUGUUCUGUUUAAUUCUCCACAACUAUUUUACUUAGAUGAAUAAAAACAAAGCAUAAAACUCCCAAUUAAAAAUUAUCUUCACUGUUUCUCUGUAAACCACUUGUUCAGGGCCAGAUUCAAGCAAACCUGGUUAUACUGUAUAUUAGCAUGGUUAUGCAUAUUCAUGUAACCAAUCGUGCACCCCGGUUUUGAAUAAUGUUUAAUAACCUGUCCCAUUGCCUGUCCCCCUCAGGUCAGUAAGCUGAUAGUGCAGGACCCUCACAAGAGGCUGACAGUGAAGGAGGCCCUGGAGCACCCCUGGGUACUGGGCAAGGCUGCCCGCUUCUCCCACAUGGACACCACUCAAAGGAAGCUACAGGAGUUCAACGCUCGGCGCAAACUCAAGGUGAGCAAUGCGCUUAAUAUUGGAUCCCAAAUAGGGCAAUGUAGAAUCAAGUACGUUUUUUGUGAAAGCAAAAGCAGUGCUGGAAUCAUCGACAAACCUAUGAUCAAAAAAUUAAUAUGUAUAAAUUAGCAUAGGAGCGAAUGUAGAUCCCAUCCCAGCUGUUCCGUUGAUUUGAAGGGGAAAAUAUUUUUCAAAAGAAAAUGAAUUUACCCCGUCAGAGAAAUGCACUUUAGACGACAAUAGUCAACGACAAACAUCGCAGUUUGAAUGGUUGGAUGUUGCUUUGGUCGUCUCUGGAAAUGUAAACUUGUGGCACUACCACUGUCUUGAUUGGGAUCUAUGCCUCAAGGAAUAUUCUUCUCUAUUGCCAAUAUUACAUUGCAAUAAGAUGAUUCCUGUGGCAGGCUUGGUGACUGACAGUGGUGUGCCAUGUUUCUCUGACUGCAGGCUAUCAUGAAGGCCGUGGUGGCCACCAGCCGCAUGCACGAGGGCUCCCGGCGGCGCACGGACAGCUGCGAUAUGCCCGGCUCCGACAAGACCACCUCCAGGCAGAGCAGCAUGCAGCAGGACCCUCCCCCAGAUCAGGACCCCCAGGAGGGCCAGGCCAACCAGGGCACAGACACCACCCUGACCCAGGAUGAUGAGGACCAGUGCCCCCCGCCCCUGCCGCCACGCAACCCCAGACCCACCCCUCCUCUACUGGCUGGGGCUUCCUCCCCCACCUGUCUGCCCACCAGGCCCCCACUAAGGGGAGUUGAUGGGCAGAGACAGAUGUCGGUCAUCCCCAAGACGGCCGUGGUACGGCCCAGGGUGCCCAAGAAGAGCUGCUCCUCGGUGGACUCUGCCUCCACCAAGCGGGAGACCUCCUCCCCGGUCCAGACCACUCCCCCAAGCCCCAAGAGCCUCGGCAAUGGAUUCGCCAUCGGGGUGGAGUCUGGCAGCAAAACGGCCCAGUGUUAGUGAGUGGCAGGUACCAAAGAGAAAGAGGGUGGCGACACUCACCUAGGAGCUCCUACUGUAGUCCUAAAAUGGCUGAUGCCGUUGUUGCUGUAGUGAGAGAUGAUAGAUGACAACAUGGAGGAGGACGGAUGGAGGAACGGAUGUCUUUGUUCAGAUCUCGCCUCAUAUCCGUUUUGAGCCGGGACAAAAGACUAGUACUAUACAUAACUUGAUAUUUAUUUUUCCUUGCUGUACGCAACGAGUUUGGAGACUCAUAAUGAAUUUGCAAAUGAGCUUUUAACUUUGGUUUCAACUGUUGCCAACUUGCUGUAACUUCUCGACUUUAAGGCCUCUCUGAACGGUACUUACUGUUCUUCAAAGGCCACUUGAAAAGACAACUGGAUUUCGUACUUUGUAUACUCUACACCUUUCUACUAUUCAAUGUUGGAAUCUACUGACUUAUAUAUACACAUAACCCUCUCCUUCUUGCAUAGCAUUCAGGUAGUAAAUAUAUUGUAUUUGUGAGCUUAUGAAUAUAGUUAUAUGUAUUUUGCAAUAAUUGUAAUGGUGAUCUAAUGUUUGCACUGUAUAUUAUUAUAUUAAUCUAUACAGAUCACAAAAAAGCAUUCACACUGCUAAUUGUUUACUAUCUAAGUCAAACUGCACUUUUAUUCCUUUGGGAAAAUAUAUGGCUAUAGUGCUGAAGCUUGUUUGAGGCUGAAACCAAUUUUCUCAUUCAGUUGUUUACCCAAACAGUGGUUGUAAAACCUAAUUCUGUGGUAGUUAUCUGAUGAAGGAACAUACAUCGUAAUCAUCUCAUCAACCUCACUGGAGCUACCACUGUCUACCUCUUUUUGUACAGGGGCUUCCAACCCAGUAAUAGCUAAAUCUGUAAAGAAACGAUUGGAUGAGGUGAGUGAGGUACUGUAUCAGGCGAAGCAGAGCCUUUCUGCAACAUUAGAAUGAUAUUGUCAGUGCCAGGUAAAAACCUGAAAGGUGAAUCCUUUCUCGAUGGAACUCAAAUAACGGAUCAAAUGAAAGGGUCUAAUUAAAAUAGUCAAUUUCAAGGGCCAACCUUCACCUGCUAACAUGUAUUCUCACUAAUGCUUUCAUUGCCAAAUAGUAAGAAGCCUUGCAUUAUAUUGAUGACAUGUUAACGUGUAUAAAGCAUUUAUUUACACCUAUGAAAUGAUGUAUAAAGUAUGGAUAUUUUACUUAUAAUUAUUAUUGCUUACAAAUGCU